CGAGAGGACCAAUCAAAUCCCAACCACAACUCCGGCACAGUCGCCACGUGACCAGCCCCCUCCCUUCUGCUGCUGUGGACUGGACCGAAAAUUCUUCAUUUCUCCGGCACUCGACAGCAAAGGCUCGCGGCGACGGAGCUAAACGAACCGGCGGUACGGUGGAUUGUGUCCACUCAUGACGCACUCCACGGACACGUAAGGUCCAUGUUGGGUUGUGGCGUGAAGCGGAAGUGGAGAAGCGUGGAGGAGCUGGCGUCCAAGGCGGACACGGCCGCAGAGGAGAAGGAGGUGGCGGUGGGCUGUCCUCGGAACAUGAGCCGCCUGCAGCAGCGCCAACGGGUUCUGGGCCUCUGUUUGGAGAAGCUGCAGCGCUACCAGGCCGGGAUGGAGCUCAGCCUGCGCCGCUCAGUGCUGCUCGUCAAUACGCUGCGGCAGAUCCAGGAUGACAUGCAGAGUGACAUGGCGGAAAGCCCGGGCGGGCUCCUCAACGGUGUUCAUCCCGACUUGCCUCGUCUGCGGGAUGCCCUCAGGGAGGACAUGUCCUUCACAUGCCACGGGUGUGCAGAGGGUGGCGAGGAAAGACCGUCCCCAGCGCUGUCCCACGACUUCUCUCCCCAGGAGAUGAACGUGGAGCUAAAACCCCCAAUCAGCACGUUUAGCGACGUGGUCAAUGCCGUGGGCUACCUCAGUGACCUCACUCUGGACGACAUCUUUGAGGACAUUGACACGUCCAUGUAUGAGACGUCGGACCUGUCUGCAUCCUGGACUGUGAGCUCGUUGUGGCCCAUCAGCGUGUCCUUCUGGGGGGACGAGGACGUGAAAAUGCGUUCAGGAGGCCACGCGUCCGCCGGGACUCUCCAGUCGUGUCUGAUGGACCUGAACGAGCUGGACCAUAUCAUGGAGAUUCUGGUGAAGUCCUGAUCCACAAGAAGACUCCUCUAAGGACACAUAUGGACAUAUGAAUCUGAUGUGACCAGGGAUUCGUCCAUCUGCCAUUUUGUUUUCAUUGUCAGAAGUACUAUUGGUUAUUGCAGAUCCACAAUCAUAAGUCGCUUCAGCGCUGGAUGUGGAAAAAAGCUCAUCCAUCAACUCCAGUCAAGUUGCUGGAAUCACUAAACGUCACACCCUUUCCCCAGGUGUGGUAGGCGGAGCUCGGAAGGAAACCCGAGCUGUAAGGGUUAGUGCGUCACGCCUGCCAGAUUGAUUAUUAAUUGAGAUGCUUUCAGUUACAUUAGAGGGAGUGCUGGUGCCAGCUCGCCAAGCUGUGUUGGCACCAUGUAUUUAAAAUAUUUAUGCAUCCCGACCAUCAAACCACUCUGAUAAUUCCUUAAUCUAACAUGAUUUAAUAAGAUAUUAUUUAGGACCACAUUAUUAAUAAUUCAGAUCUUUAUGAGAUGUGACUGUGAGCUGAUUGGACAAUCAUUUUUUAAAUCCGACAAGUGAGUGCCAAACAGGGGCCCAAUUAUAAAACAUAAUUCGAGAAUUUUUAUGGCCGUCUUGAGUCUGUAUUUGAGCAGUUUCAUAUGCGACGCCUCCAGUGUGGCGUCCAGGCUCAAAGUGGAAUGUUUAGGACAGGGGUGUCCAAAGUGCGGUGCGGCUGAGUGCGAGCGAAUAUUUGCAGCUCGUGUUUUAUUGGCCCUUUCAACAUAUUGUAAAAAUGAAAUGAACUCAUCCGUAAUGACAUAUACUGUAUACUAUACUAAUUUAUUUUUUCUAUAUGUGGCCCCUCGCUGCAAAAAGUUUGGACACCCACGGUUUCGGUGUGUGUGUUAUUCCGCUUCUACCUCCUGAUGUUAACACUCUUAUGAAGUAGUCCGUAUUUCUUACACUUUCCUUACAAGGCCAAAUCUUCCUGCUAUCAUGUGGUCGAUGUGCCUUACUUGUGAGUCUGAGGCUGCCUGAGCACCACCAUCACACGUCGCCGCCCAUCCUCUCCCCCUCCCGAGCCCUGUUUUUUCUGUGCUCUUCGAGCGCCACGGGCGCACAAGCUUCAUGUUUCCUGACAGGCUGACAAGCAGCUCGCUGAGGGGGAGGGGGUUGGAGGUGGCAGGCGGAGUGAGGAGGGUGGGGGGGGGGUUAGUGGAGGAUGAGGGGGAGGGGCUGUGUGGAAGCAUCCCCGCGUCACUUGUUGAGUGGGAGGAGUAUCCAGGUUGUUUUGUCCAAGUCUCAGACCGCCAGCCAAUCACAAGAGAGCUACGCUUCAACACUUGUUUUUUUGUUUUUGAGCCUUUCAGACAAAAACACAGCGAAACUGAAAAAUACAACAAAAACACCUGAUUUGUUUUUACUAUUGAAUAGAAUCUCCAAGCAGAAAGCUGCAGUAUUAUUUAUAAAAGUGUGCCAGUUAAGUGUGUGUGUGUGUGUGUGUGUGUGUGCGUAAGGGUUAUCAAGCACAAGUAUGUUGUUCAGAAGAAUAUAUAAGAUAUAUUUAAAUGUAACUGAAAGAUGCAUUUGCUGGCUCAUAAGGAUUUUGAUUAAUAAUGUACCUUUUCUGGACUAUUUUAUAGAUUUUAUUCACCAAUACAGAAACUAUAGAAACAACAAAUGUCUUGU